ACUGGAACUUGAGGACACGUAAUUGACGAAAACACCCUCGAACCAUUUGCAUGGCCCUGGGAAAACGUUAUCCACACACUCAUUCCCCACUCAUAUCCAUCCAAGCAGAAGCCAGAAAAUGAGAGAGAAAACGCAUGAAAAUCUCCCCCUCUUCAUCUUCUUCCUCUGAAAAUCUCUCUCUCUCUCUCUCUCUCCCCCCAAAUGGAAACUCUUUUCUCUCCUCACUCCCUCUCUCCUCCACUACUCAACCCAAAACUCCACUCUCCUCAGCAGACCAAACCCACCUCAAAUUCCUUCUCUUUCUGCAAGCCCAUCUCGUCCGGUCAGAAAUCCAUAUCCGCCCGGUUCGCUAAACCGGAAUCAGAAUCUUCCCUACCGAGAAAUUGGUUAACCGAUGCGAAGCAAGGCCUCGCCGCUCUUGCUCUCUCUCUGGCUCUGAGCUUUUCCCCUGCUCUUCACAUCAAUGGCGGCGACAUUGCCAUGGCCUCGGAGUUCGAUGUCCUCAACGAAGGCCCGCCGAAGGAAUCUUAUGUCGUCGAUGAUGCUGGUGUUCUAAGUCGGGUCACGAAAUCAGAUCUCAAACGGCUUUUGUCUGAUCUUGAAUCGAGGAAGAACUUGAGGAUCAAUUUCAUCACUGUUCGGAAGCUAACCAGCAAAGCAGAUGCGUUUGAGUACGCCGACCAAGUGUUGGAACGUUGGUACCCGACGGUUGAAGAAGGCAACAACAAAGGCAUUGUGGUAUUGAUCACGAGCCAGAAGGAGGGAGCGAUAACCGGCGGUCCUGCCUUUAUCCAAGCCAUCGGCGAAAACAUUCUUGAUUCAACUGUCUCAGAUAAUCUUCCCGUAUUGGCAACGGAAGAGAAAUAUAACGAGGCGGUCUAUAGCAGCGCAAAGCGGCUGGUGGCAGCCAUCGAUGGCCUCCCGGACCCUGGGGGGCCGACAUUAAAGGACAACAAGAGAGAGUCUAACUUCAAAACAAGAGAAGAAACAGAUGAGAAGAGAGGACAGUUCAGUCUUGUUGUCGGAGGGUUGCUUGUCAUUGCCUUCGUUGUCCCCAUGGCUCAAUACUAUGCUUAUGUCUCUAAAAAGUAGAAAACCAAUUUCGUUUUACAUUACCAAACCGGUUUGGUAACUAUAUAACUGAGCCGGUUUUGAAUUGUAUAUGUUACAAUAAGUUACCUAAUUCGGUUAUGCACCCUAA